AUGGCCUUGGCUGAGAUGAAGGCCAGUGUGAUCCUUGUAUUAACAGUGACUGCCUGUGUUGCACAGGAAGGAAUACUGUAUGACAAAAUAAACGUGGAUGCAAUACUAAACAACCAACGAGUGUUACAGUCGUAUGUAAACUGUUUCCUGGACAAAGGACCGUGCACUCCUGAAGGCAGGGAAGGAAAGAAAUUAUUACCUGAAAUCUACAGAACAAACUGUGCCAAGUGUUCUGUUGACCAGAGGUACCUUUUGAGAAAAACGAUCAAAGCUUUUGCCUCCAAGCGGAAGGAAGACUGGACGAAAAUUGUGGAGAAAUACGAUCCGAAGCAUGAAAAGGAAGAAACUUUUAUGAAAUGGGUUUAUGGGGAAAACUAA